AUGGUCCCAACUCCAACCCAAAUCAGCAGCCCUAAACCCAAACCCUCACCCAGCUCCUCACCCUGCUCCUCAUCCUUGUCCUCAACUAGCUCCUCACCCUUGUCCUCAACUGGCUCCUCACCCUUGUCCUCAACUGGCUCCUCACCCUGCUCCUCACCCUUGUCCUCAACUGGCUCCUCACCCUUGUCCUCAACUGGCUCCUCACCCUCGUCUGGCUCCAGCCAUUUCAAUGCAGACUGCCCCAGACCUCGAAAAAGAAAAAACACCCUGCCAUCGGAGACAUCAGGUUCGGUGCCAAAGAAGAACUGUGUGUGGACGAUUGUCGAGGAGCCAAACCCCAACCAGCCUGACAGCGUGAGGCUGAUUCUGAGGAUGGUCCCAACACCAACCCACAUCAGCAGCCCUAAACCCAAACCCUCACCCAGCUCCUCACCCUGCUCCUCACCCUUGUCCUCAACUGGCUCCUCACCAAGAACAGCUUUUCAGUAG